UUAUUUCAGGGUGUAGAUUUUAGCAGCAACGACGGAGAAAACAAGUUGCAGUUGGAGUAUCCUUUCCGUACGAGCAACAUUACACGAAGGUGUUUCGAUUUAUUAUCACUUGUCGCGAACUGUGUUAUCUGUAUUGAUAAACUAAGCAAUAAUGACUGGCCGACCACCUCCCUUUGGUUUCAUACACGGCCACUAUAGAAACAAUCACCCAUCGGGAUACGAUCUGUCGUAUGGAUUCCCACCACCAGUCUACCCUCCUCAACAAGAUAGUGAACAUGUGCCACCACCAUCUACUUCCUUAGAGUCAUCGUCGUCGUCCUCGGAUGAUGACGAAAAGAGCCAUCCACGCUUGGACCUAUCGUUCCAAGAUGAUAUAAUCGGAGGCUGCUGGCAACACUGUAAUGUGGAUGGUCCCUUUCCGGCCAACAUGGUCCGUGCCGGUGUAGACUGCGACGGAUCCGUCAUCUACGCCGGUCGCGCAUUCCACGAGGGCGAGAUGAUCCCCGCCAAGGUUAUUCCGUCGAAGAACGCCUGCUUCAUCGCAUACGGUGGCGAGGAAAUCCCAAAAGAGGACUUUGAGGUACUCCGACAGGGUGAUUUUGUGUGGGAAUUCGCUGCCAACGGAGUGGUACCAGAAGGUGCCGUAAAAAUGGGAGCCACAGUCGACGGAGAACCACUAUACAUGGGUCGUGCCCUGUACAGUGGUUCGCAAACACCCGGCAAGGUGCACUCGUCGCAUGGGUGCCUAUACAUUCCGUUUGAGGGAGCCGAGAUCAGUCAUUCCGAGUAUGAGGUGCUGUGUAUAAAGUAAGAUGGGCGUUCGGAUGUUUCAAUUUUGUGCAGGGGAUUUUAAUUUGAGAAUAAAUAUAGGUAUUUGUAUUUUUUUUUUUGCGGAAUUCUAAACUAGACGUGUAUUUCUCUUCUGAAGAGAAAAGGGGUUCAUCAAUUCAAUUCCAUCUACUCCAGCGCCAUAUAAUUUUGUAUAUUCUUGAAUGAAGGAUAAAUUGUACGUAAAAUUCUUGUUUAUCGAUUUCGAUAGAAGUUAAAAAAUCUGCUUAGCUGUACUAAAGUGUUAUGAAUGGUUCCACGUAUAAACCAUAUAAAAUGUAAAUAUCGGAUUUAUAUUAAAAUUGUAGAUGAAGAUCCUGCAUCCUA